CCCAAGUGCAAGGCAAGCCCAUCGUCGCAGAUUCGAGGGACAGAAAAAUCCAAGAUGAAGAGAUCGAUGCUGCUUUCAACGCUGACGCUCGGCCUCGUUGGCCUGGCCGGCUCUGCGCUCGCAGCCAAGGAGCCGCCAACGACCCUACAGAUUGGAGUUACGCAACGGGUGCCAGAUGCCGAGUGCAAGAUCAAAUCGCAGAACGGUGACAAGCUCUCAAUGCACUACACUGGCAAACUUUGGGACGGGAAGCAGUUUGACUCGUCCGUCGGGCGCGGGCCAUUUGACUUCGUUAUUGGAAGCGGACAAGUCAUCAAAGGCUGGGAGCAAGGCUUGCUGGACAUGUGCAUCGGCGAGAAGCGGAAGCUCAAAAUUCCCCCGCACCUUGGAUACGGUGACCGUGGAGCUGGCGGAGCCAUUCCCGGCGGAGCCACCUUGGUUUUUGACGUCGAGCUUCUCGACAUUCUCGGCCCUCGCGCUGCGGCACUCAAGGAAAGCCACAGCAAGGACGAGCUUUGAUUGUAUGCCCCAGAGGCGACCCGAUGAUCCUAGAUUAUUGACAAGCAUGUACAAUGCGCCUGGACCAUACAACGAAUGCGCCAACCCGGCUAUUGUUCAAGGGCGCGACUCUAGCUUGACGCGCGGUGUCGUUUCAUAUUCCGUCUUGAAAGAUGUUUCUGCCUUCGCAGUGCCGCUUGCGGCGCUUUCCACUGGCGUCGGCGCAAGGUACAGGUCCAAAUGCAUGCGAACCAGCGUCGCAGCUCUGACCCGGUCGACCGGUACGCUCGCAAGUGCGUGUCGCAGCGCCACGGCUGUUCCCGAGCAAGUUGCACCGUAGCAUGCGAUGUAGUCCGCAUCGUUCUUCUCGUACCCGCGGCCCAACAACUGAUGAUGUACCAGCUUCUUGAUCGUUGUCCUGUUCUUCUGCUCCAUGGUGUUGUAGGCGCUAGUGACAGGCAUGGUGCCCGCU